GGCACAGGGAGCACGCGGGGUCUUAAAGCGGCCGGGAACAGGAGCUGGCUGAGAUGGAGCUGGGAACAGAAUGGAGCUAGAGCUGGUGCUGCCAGAACAGCUCAGGGGCACCUGAGGAUCCCUGUGUCUGAGAUCACACCUCGAGCCUAGAGCAUCAGGCUGUGGGAGGUGCAAGGCGCGCACUCCUGCCAUGGCUGUGGGAAUCCAACUGGGGCUGCUGCUCUGGAAGAACUUCACCUACCGCCGGCGGCAGCGGAUCCAGUUGGCCAUUGAGAUCCUGUGGCCUCUCUUCCUCUUCUUCAUCUUGAUCUCAGUGCGGCAAUCCCACCCGCCCUUCAAGCAGCAUGAGUGUGAGUGUCCUGUGCCCUCUGGGGUCACUUCCCCAACAAGGCUCUGCCCUCAGCGGGGACCCUGCCCUGGCUGCAGGGCAUCAUCUGCAACCUCAACAACCCCUGCUUUCGGCACCCGACAGCAGGCGAAGCCCCCGGUGUGGUGGGCAACUUCGAUGGCUCUAUCCUCUCCCGCCUGCUGGCUGAAUUCCAGCAGGUCUUGCUCCGCUCCAAUGGGCAACGGCUCCUACGCAGCUUUGGCCAGGUCAUGCCCAUCCUGCGCCAGCUCCGGGACAGUGGGGCUCAGCGGAGGGCUGGUGAGGGACUACCUGGGAGAGGAUGAGACCUUCUCGCGGUUUCUCCGGACCAACACAUCCCUGCCGCCAGCUCUGGUGGAUGAGCUGAUGGGAGCUUGGCUCAGCCCCCGCAUUCUCUCCCUGAUAGGCACUCGCCGCCCGCUGAAGGCCGUGGUCUGCAGUGCCUUGGAGCUGGGGAGCUUCCUGAUGGGGGACGAUCCUGCCUCCACCCAGCGUCUGCAGCAGGGGCUCUGCGCCCUCCCCAGUCCCCAGCUCCACGCCAUGGAGGGCUCCUUCCUCUCCCAAGUCGACCUCCCUCGGCUUCUGGCGCUGAGCUCAGAGGUGGGCAGCAUCGCUGGUACCGUGGAAGCCUUGGGCACCUUCCUGCGGGAUGCAGCAUCCCUCAUGGAGGAGGUCUCUUCCAUGCCCAGUCUUGCCGAGCUGCGACGGGAACUCGGGGCGGUAACCAAAACCAGUGCUGCCACUUUGGGCACAUUUGGGACCCUAUCGCGCAUUGCCUGUGGGCACCCCGAGAGCGGGGGGCUCAGGGUCCCCUCCCUCAACUGGUACGAGGACAGCGAUAUCAAAGCCUUCCUGGACCGCAACAGCUCAGAGCAGAGAUCCAAGCCCUUGGGCAGCACCAGCAGUCCCUUCUGCCGUGAGCUGUUCCUCAGCCUGGAGUCCAGCCCUGUUUCGCAGAUGUUCUGGCGGGCGAUCAAGCCCCUCUUUGUGGGUAAAAUCCUGUACACACCACCUGGCCCUGGCCCUGACAGUAUCAUGGCGCAGGUCAACAGGACCUUCCAGGAGCUGGCGAUGCUGGGGGAGGUGUGGGGUGCCUGGCAGGAGCUGGGACCCCGCAUCUACACCUUUCUCAACAGCAGUGUAGAGGUGCAGGUCCUGCAGAACCUGCUGCUGGCCCCAGGGACAGCUCAACUCUUGGCUGAGUUCCUCAAUGGCACCUCCUGGAAGCUGCCAGCGCUGGCUGGGUUCCUGGCAGGGCCAGCAGUGGGAUCAGGAUUCACCUGGCACCAAGUGUAUGCUGAUGUGGAUGCGGCCCUAAGCACGCUGUCACAGUUCAUGGAGUGUGUCUGCCUGGACAAGAUUGAAGCGGUGGCCACCGAGGAGCAGCUGGUGUCCCGGGCCCUGGAGCUGCUGGAGGAGCAGCAGUUCUGGGCAGCUGUGGUCUUCCAGCCUGCCACCAACACCACAGGUGCUGCACUGCCGUCCCACAUCCGCUACAAGAUCCGCAUGGACAUCGACGCCGUCACAAGGACCAACAAGAUCAAGGACAGGUUUUGGGACCCGGGACCCGCAGCUGACCCCUUCAGCGACCUGCGCUAUGUUUGGGGGGGUUUCGUCUACAUCCAGGACCUGGUGGAACAGGCAGUAGUGCAGGUGCAAACCAGGGCAGCGCCGCGGACAGGGGUCUACAUCCAGCAAAUGCCCUACCCCUGCUAUGUGGAUGACAUGUUCCUGCGGGUCCUGAACCGCUCGCUGCCGCUCUUCAUGACAUUGGCCUGGAUCUACUCAGUGGCCAUGAUCAUCAAGGGAGUGGUGCACGAGAAGGAGACGCGUCUUAAGGAGACCAUGAAGACCAUGGGGCUAAGCAAUGGGAUCCUCUGGCUUAGCUGGUUCCUCAGCAGCUUUAUCCCCUUCCUCCUCAGCUCUGCCCUCCUCGUCUUCAUCCUCAAGCUGGGAAACAUCCUGCCCUACAGCGACCCAGGUGUCAUCUUCCUCUUCCUCGGAACCUUCUCGGUGGCCACCAUCAGCCAGUGCUUCCUCAUCAGCACCUUCUUCGCCCAUGCCAACCUGGCCUCGGCUUGUGGUGGCAUCAUCUACUUCUCUCUCUACCUGCCCUAUGUGCUUUGUGUCGCCUGGCGUGACCACAUCACCUUCCCGCUCCGUGUCCUAGUGAGCCUGCUGUCACCGGUGGCCUUUGGCUUUGGCUGCGAGUACUUCUCCCUCUACGAGGAGCAGGGCGUGGGCAUCCAGUGGCACAACCUGGGUGCCAGCCCCGUGCCAGGAGAUGCCUACAACUUUGCCAUGGCCAUGGGGCUGCUCCUGCUGGACGCUGGCAUCUACGGCCUGGCCACCUGGUAUGUCGAGGGCAUCUUCCCAGGUCACUAUGGGAUCCCCAAGCCCUGGAACUUCCCCUUCCUGAAGAGCUACUGGCUUGGAGAGCCUUCAUCAACUGGGCACCUCUCAUACCCCACCAGCCCCCUUGCUGUACCCCAAGUGCUGGUGGAGGAACCACCUGCCCAGCUCCAGCCUGGCGUCUCCAUCCGAAACCUGGUGAAGGUUUACCACAACAGCAACCACGUGGCGGUUGACGGGCUAAGCCUGGACUUCUACGAGGGGCAGAUCACCUCCUUCCUGGGCCACAACGGGGCUGGCAAGACCACCACGAUGUCCAUCCUGACUGGCCUCUUACCCCCCACUUCCGGCACUGCCUAUAUCCUGGGCUGGGACAUCUGCUCCGAUAUCGACAGCAUCCGCAAAACCCUGGGGAUGUGUCCCCAGCACAACGUGCUGUUCAACAUCCUGACAGUGGAGGAGCAUAUCUGGUUCUACGGGCGGCUGAAGGGACUGUCAGAGGAGGAGGUGAAGGUGGAGAUGGAGCAGCUGAUCCAGGACAUGGGGUUGCCUCACAAGCGCCAGGAGCAGACCAGGAACCUCUCAGGUGGGAUGCAACGGAAGCUCUCCGUGGCCAUCGCCUUCGUGGGUGGCUCCCGGGUGGUCAUCCUGGACGAGCCCACGGCUGGUGUUGACCCCUACUCCCGACGCAGCAUCUGGGAUCUUCUGCUCAAGUACCGCAAAGGGCGCACCAUCAUCCUGUCCACCCACUACAUGGAUGAAGCAGAGUUGCUGGGGGACCGCACAGCCAUCAUCUCACAGGGUCGGCUCUGCUGCUGCGGGUCUCCGCUCUUCCUCAAAGCCAGGCUGGGCACCGGGUACCACCUCACCCUAGUGAAGCGGGAGCGGAAUGGGAUGGGUGGCAGCAUUGGCACCGUCUCCGGCACUGCCAAAAAGGAUGGCAGUGACUCAAAGCACAGCAGCAACACAGGCCUGGACAGUGAGCGGGGCAGUGAGGCCAGCACUGUGGACUUGGCCCAGCUGUCGGCCCUGAUCCAGAAGAUGGUUCCCGGCUCGCGGCUGGUGGAGGACAUCGGGCACGAGGUCCUCUUUGUCCUGCCCUACAGUGGGGCCAAGGAUGGUGCCUUUGGUGAUCUGUUCCAUGAGCUAGAUGCCCGCAUAGGGGAACUGGGCAUCUCCAGCUACGGCAUCUCUGACACCACUUUGGAAGAGAUUUUUCUGAAGGUGGCCCAGGACACCAAGGUGGAUGCUGGCACGGCAGGCACCAGGAGAGGAGCAGCACCCAGCGAAGGGGUGGACGCUGAAGUGGCUGAUGGGGAGCUGGCCCGAGGAGCCCGGCGAGUGGAGGAGCCCCAGGAGACAGACUUGCUACACGAGCAGGCCUGGUGCAAGGUAAGGGGCUGGGCACUCACUCGCCAGCAGUUCCGCGCCCUCUUCAUCAAGAGGAUGCUCCACGCCUGGCGCAGCACCCGAGGCUUCUUCGCCCAGAUCGUCCUUCCUGCCAUCUUUGUCUGCAUUGCGCUGCUCUUCAGCCUCGUCGUGCCGCCCUUUGGGAAGUACCCACCGCUGUGGCUGGAGCCCUGGAUGUACGGGCAGCAGUUCACUUUCUUCAGCAACGAUGCCCCAGGGGACCCUGACACAGCUCGGCUCCUGGAUGCACUCCUGGCUGAACCGGGCUUCGGCACAAAGUGCAUGAAAGAUGCUGCGGAGAUGAUGAGACCGUGCCCCCCAGCUUCCCACCCCGAUGGCUUCUCAGCCCCACUGGCCUCCCCAGCCCUGCUGGAAGCGCUGCAACAUGGGAACUGGACACGAACUGAGCCAUCCCCACCGUGCCAAUGCAGCGGGCCAGGGGCUCGCAGGAUGCUUCCCAACUGCCCUGAGGGGGCCGGGGGGCUCCCACCACCCCAGGUGCAAAGAGGCACCGGUGACAUCCUGCAGAACCUGACGGGCAGGAACAUCUCUGACUACCUGGUGAAGACCUACCCCCAGAUCAUCCGCCGGGAGCUGAGGAACAAGAAGUGGGUGAAUGAGCAAAGGUACGGUGGCUUUUCUCUGGGUUCUGGCAGCUCCCAGGCACUUCUGUCGGCAGCAGAGGUGGACAAGGUGGUAUUGGAGCUCCGGGCAUUGCUCAACAUCACCCCGGGCAGCCGCUCAGACCGGUUCCUGAGCAACUUCGGCCGCUUCAUCGAGGGCUUGGAUGCUCGCAGAAACGUCAAGGUCUGGUUCAACAACAAGGGCUGGCAUGCCAUGGUCUCCUUCGUCAAUGUGGCCAACAACGGGCUGCUGCGUGCCCACCUGCCUGCUGGGGUGGACCCCACACUCUAUGGCAUCACAGCCACCAACCACCCCCUCAACCUCACCAAGGAGCAGCUCUCUGAGGCCGCCCUGAUGGCCACCUCAGUGGACGUGCUGGUCUCUAUCUGCGUGAUCUUUGCCAUGUCCUUCGUCCCAGCCAGCUUCGUGCUCUUCCUCAUUGAAGAGCGGGUCAGCAAGGCCAAGCACUUGCAGUUUGUCAGCGGGAUGAAGCCUGUCACCUACUGGCUGGGCAACUUUGCUUGGGACAUGUGCAACUACCUGGUCUCUGCGCUGCUGGUCAUCCUCAUCUUCGUCUGCUUCCAGCAGAAGUCCUACGUGUCCUCCGCCAACCUGCCCUCGCUAGUGCUGCUACUGCUGCUCUACGGCUGGUCCAUCACUCCCCUGAUGUACCCAGCCUCAUUCCUCUUCAGCAUCCCCAGCACUGCCUAUGUGGCCCUGACCUGCAUCAACCUCUUCGUUGGCAUCAACGGCAGUGUGGCCACCUUUGUGCUGGAGCUCUUUGUGGACGAGAACCUCAACAACAUCAACCGCAUCCUGAAGAAAGUUUUCCUCAUCUUCCCCCACUUCUGCCUGGGCCGAGGCCUCAUCGACAUGGUGAAGAACCAGGCAAUGGCUGAUGCCUUUGAGAGGUUUGGGGACAAGCGCUUUGUGUCCCCCCUGUCCUGGAAUGUGGCAGGGAAGAACAUGUUCGCCAUGGCCAUUGAGGGCAUCAUCUUCUUCCUCUUCACCCUUCUGCUGCAAUACAACUUCUUCCUGCGGCUUGGACUGCGGGCUCUCCAGCUGCCCUCACUGGGAGAGGAGGACGAGGACGUGGCCAGGGAGCGAGCAAAGGUGGCCAGCAUCCAACCACAUGGCCACCUCCUGCUGCUGAAGGACCUGACCAAGGUGUACCAGCACAGGAGGGCUCCGGCGGUGGACAGGCUCUGCGUGGCCAUCCCUCCCGGGGAGUGCUUCGGCCUCCUGGGGGUGAACGGCGCAGGGAAAACCUCCACCUUCAAGAUGCUGACGGGGGACACAGAGGUGACGCUGGGGGAGGCCUGGCUGAAAGGGCACAGCGUGCUCACCGACUUGCAGUCCGUUCAUCAGCACAUGGGUUACUGUCCCCAGUUUGAUGCCAUCACGGCCCUGCUGACAGGGCGGGAACACCUGGAGUUUUAUAGCCGCCUUCGUGGUGUCCCGGAGGAGGAUACCGCCAAGGUAGGGCUCGCACCCUGCCCCUUCAGCCCUGGGGAUCCCCAUCCUCAUCCCUUGCUGUCCCUCGCAGGUGGCUUGCUGGGGUAUUGCCAAGCUGGGGCUGGGGCUGCAUGCAGACCAUCUGGCGGGCAAGUACAGCGGGGGCAACAAGCGCAAGCUCUCCACGGCCAUCGCUCUGCUCGGCUGCCCGCCCAUUGUCUUCUUGGGUCUGCAGCACCCUCAGAUGCAAGCACCCCUCUGCCCCAUGGAACCCCCAGAAGGAAUGUGCUCACGCCUCUCCCCUGCAGCAUGGAAGAGUGUGAGGCAUUGUGCACCAGGAUGGCCAUCAUGGUCAAUGGCCGGUUCCGUUGCUUGGGCAGCAUCCAGCACCUCAAGAACAGGUUUGGAGACGGCUACACAGUGGUGGUACGGGUUGGUGGCCCUGGGCCAGCACCAUUGGAGAACCUGAUGGAGCUCCACUUCCCAGGCAUUGUGUUGAAGGAGCGGCAUAGGGGACUGCUGCAGUUCCAGGUGCCCUCCCAUGCUGGCUCCUUGGCCAGCAUCUUCAGUGUCCUGGCAGCCCACCGCGAACCCUGCCACAUUGAGGACUACUCCGUCUCCCAGACCACAUUGGACCAGGUCUUUGUGCACUUUGCAAGGGAGCAGAGUGAUGACGACCCUGUGGGGGCACUGGACCCUGGGCAGGAUGGAGCCCCCAGUCCUGGGAUGAGAUUGAUGCCGUUCCUGGAGGAUGACAGCUACCGGGAGAGCGCUGUCUGAGCAGGGUCACAGUGCCCACAGACCCCUUCCCAGCCGCCAUUGCACCACGACCUGGGGGCCUAGGGCUCCUGGCUGCUCUGGACCCCCAAAGGAGCAUGGCGGGGCUGGCCCCAGUGCCCCUUGGUGGGGUUGGACUCUGGUGGGGCUGAGCUGGGUGAGGUGGGGGGUAUCUUCCCUGGUGUCCCCCUGUUUUGGGCAGGGCUGGGGCUGGGAUCCACUGACAGAGCAGAGCUUGUGCUGAAAGAAGGGUUAAAUAAAGACAUGAGGGGGGUGGAUCGCCCUUGG